AUGAAAUGGUAUUACAAGGGUUGGUGUUUGGAUACCUCAGUGCCCCCCAAAGAACUGGGAGGCAAGGUCGUGGUCUGGAGAGAGACGGCCAUCAGGAGCACUCCAUCAGGCACUUCGGCUCCUCUUCUUCUUCUUCCUCAAAGUGUGUGGCUUCCUUGGCCUUGGUGGAGUUGGUGCUCACGCGUAUGGGUUCCAUCUCUGGGGAGUCCUGGUAAGGUUGGAUCGUACUCAAAUCCAGGGUUCUCAAACGCUCCCUCAGGUCAACUCGACCUCAGCUCGAUCGAGUUGAGUUUCCUCUGUUUGGACUCGAUCGAGUCCGGUGGUCGAGUGGAGCGUCUGGCCUUGGAACUCUUCCUCCUUCUCUGCGUGUUGUCUCCUUCUUCCCUUGGCUCGAAAGAAGAGGCUCUGUGA